CGAGGUUAGCAUGGAACGGGUGAUGGCAAAGGAAUUCUCUAGAAAGUCUGUAAAAAAAGAGCCUCUCCAAAGUCCGUAAAAACUAUGAUGCCUGUCUCCCCGAGCCUGCUGCCCAGAGAUGGUGGCAUCCUUGGUUCCCACGGAAUGGCGAAAAGGGAGCCUGGCGCCCACAGCGGGCCCGGGGCGGGGCCGAGCAAGGAGCCUGCAGGAAGUGGGUGAAAGGGCAGGGGCGUGGCAUCGCGGGGAGUGAAAGCUGCGGACUUUACGGCUCCAGGUCACCUCUGAACCUCUGGGCAUUGCAAAAACAAGUGGUCUUCGUGCGGUCCAAGUUGCCACCAUGGCCUUGCUCCGAGGUGUGUUUGUUGUUGCUGCUAAGCGAACACCCUUUGGAGCUUACGGAGGUCUUCUGAAAGACUACAGUGCUAUUGAUUUGAAUGAGUUUGCUGCCAGGGCUGCUCUGUCUGCUGGCAAAGUCCCACCUGAAACUGUUGACAGUGUCAUUGUAGGCAAUGUCAUACAGAGUUCUUCAGAUGCCAUAUACGCAGCAAGGCAUAUUGGUUUACGCGUGGGAGUCCCAAAAGAAACCCCAGCUCUCAUUGUUAAUAGGCUCUGUGGCUCUGGUUUCCAGUCCAUUGUGACUGGGUGUCAGGAAAUUUGUGUUAAAGACGCUGAAGUAGUCUUGUGUGGAGGAACUGAAAGCAUGAGCCAGGCUUCCUUCUGUGUCAGAAACAUCCGUUUUGGAACCAGAUUUGGGGCUGAUCUCAAGCUGGAAGAUUCUUUGUGGGAAGGAUUAACAGAUCCACAUGUUAAACUCGCCAUGGCACUUACUGCAGAGAAUCUUGCUGUACAACAUAAAAUAAGCAGAGAAGAUUGUGACAAAUAUGCCCUGCAGUCACAGCAGAGAUGGAAAGCUGCUAAUGAUGCUGGCUACUUUAAUGAUGAAAUGGUGCCAAUAGAAGUGAAGACAAGGAAAGGAAAACAAACAAUGCAAGUAGAUGAGCAUGCUCGGCCCCAAACAAGCCUGGAGCAGUUACAGAAACUUCCUCCAGUGUUCAAGAAAGAAGGGACAGUCACUGCAGGGAAUGCAUCGGGUAUAUCUGAUGGUGCUGGGGCUGUUAUCAUAGCUAGUGAAGAAGCUGUUAAAAAACAUAACUUCACCCCACUGGCAAGAAUCGUGGGCUACUUUGUGUCUGGAUGUGAUCCAUCUAUUAUGGGUAUUGGUCCUGUUCCUGCCAUCAGUGGGGCAUUGAAAAAAACAGGACUGAGUCUCAAGGACAUGGAUUUGGUAGAGGUGAAUGAAGCUUUUGCUCCCCAGUACUUGGCUGUUGAGAAGAGUUUGAAUCUUGAUCCAAGUAAAACCAAUGUAAAUGGAGGAGCCAUUGCUUUGGGUCACCCAUUGGGAGGAUCUGGAACAAGAAUUACCGCACACCUGGUUCAUGAAUUAAGGCGUCGAGGUGGAAAAUACGCUGUUGGUUCAGCUUGCAUUGGAGGCGGCCAAGGCAUCGCAGUCAUCAUUCAGAAUGUGGCCUGAGAGAACCAGGAGCCACCAUGCACACCUCUUACUUCACGUGGUAAAACAGGUGACCUUCAGGGAAGUUGCCACACUGCUCUUCAUGCUGCUAAAACAGUGACUGAGUUUGAGCCAGGCUCAGUGAGGGAAAAAUGCAUUUAUCAGAAGUAAAAGCCUGUGGGGCCGGAAGUUUAGCUCAGUGGUUCCGGCGCCUGCCUCACAAGCGCAAGGUCCUGAGUUUGAUCCCCGGUACCAAAAAAAAAAGAAAGUAAAAGCCUGUGCCAGAGGAGUGCCUCACAUUGACGCCAGUCUAACAUGAUACAUUUCUGAAUGAAAAUCCAACCAAUGAAAAUACCAACCGGUAUCCUGUCAAAUAAGCACCACUUAUGCCUUACAUGAUAUGAUUACAAGGAAAGUAAAUAAAGAUUGCCUUAAUUUUGGGUA